ACACAAAAAACUGCGAAAUCAGGGAGAAGGGCAGCGCCCAGAAUAACUGUAAACCUCCGCGAAGUGGGAGCAGCAUCUCGCGGAGAAUGGGACUCCGGGUGGACCCUCCGGGCCGUCGGACAUCACCGCAGAGGACAUGUACUUGGGCUUGUUAGAGCUGCAAAGCUUACGCUCAACUCCCCCCCCCGAGCGUGCAGCGAUAGCAUUUCUCCUCUCAGCAGUUUGAUCCGAAAAAGAAAACGUGCCUUGUAAGGAAGCAGGAUGUUCACAGGCUCCACCAAGCUGCCCCCCGCCAAAACCCCCCAGCCCGAGCGGCUGGAUGAAGUUUACGCCGCCCUACGCAAAGGCUUACAGUCAUACCUGCAGGUCCACCAGCUGGAGCUGGACAGCCUGGGUCAGCAGAUCAGAGAAAACAAGAAGAACAGUCGUCUGGGGUCUCUGUAUGAGUGUGACAAGCAAGUAAAAGCCAUCGAGAGGUUCAUGCGUCGCCUGGAGUUCCACCUCAGCAAGGUGGAGGAGCUGUAUGAGGCGUACUGUAUACAGCGACGACUGCGUGACGGAGCGAGUAAGAUGGUGGCAGCCUUUAACUUGGCCACGGGGAGCAAGGAGGCCCGAGAGAGCCUGAGUGAAGCCAAUAAGGGCUACAGGGAAUACACAGAGCACAUGUGCUCCCUCGAGAACGAAAUAGAAAGCCAGAUGGGAGAAUUUCAUGUCAAGAUGAAGGGCCUCGCUGGCUUUGCUCGGCUCUGUGCUGGUGACCAGUAUGAGGUCCUGAUGCGGUAUGGGCGGCAGCGCUGGAGGCUAAGAGGCCGCGUGGAGGUCAGCAACAAGCAGAUAUGGGACAGCGAGGACUUCACUUUCCAGCCUCUCGUAACAGAACUUCUGUCAAUCAAGGUGACGGAGCUGAAGAGCCUGGCCAAUCAUGUGGUGGUGGGCAGCGUCUCCUGCGAGAUGCUAGAUUUGUUCUGCCCGCUGCCGCAGACGCUCGCCGUGGACAUCAACGACCUGGGGACGGUGAAGCUGAACCUGGAGGUCACCUGGAGUCCGUUUGAUAGGGAUGACCAGACGUCCUCGUCCAGCACGGUUUCCAAACGACUGCUGUCCAAUCAGAGCCCUCCUGACACGCCGUCUAUGCGAGAGCAGGUCUUUUAUUCCCUGCUGAAGCGUCAGGGGGAGCUGGAGAACGGGACGGUUUGGUCCAACUCCUCCGAAUCAUCGGACGACUCCUCCAGUCCGGCUCUGGCUCAUCACACUCAGAGGCUGACGGCCUCCAACCCGCUGCAAGCUACUCCCACCGCCCAGCUGUCCCUCGCGCCACACAAGUACAGCGUGUCCACGCCGUCGCUCUCGUCCAACCAGGAGGAGGACGAGACGGAAGGCGUGGACAUCUUCCCCCAGCCAGAAGCGGUGCCUAACGGCCAUCUGCGGGCCUCCUGCUCGGACUGUGGUGCAGCCGACAGGGCGUCUGUUCAGUCAGAGGACAUCAUCUCUGAGACCUCGGCUGAGCUGAGCAGCUCCUGCCCCGAUGAGUCCUCCGCGCUGUCGGCCGAUAGGCUUGACGUGUUGGAUGCAGAUGUAAAGACUGAGCCGUGUGAGGAGUCCUCGCUGGGGCAGACGGAAGCUGAAAGUGAGGAGAUCACCGCUGAAGCUGCAGAAAACCUCCAGGAGGCACAGAGUCAGCCACGGCGACCCGUUCAGCAGACCAAGCUAACAGAGGACGCUCCAGCGGCGCCUUUCCCCAACUCUGCCAGCUUCACUCAUGAAGUUGAGACCGCCCUCGAAAGCUUCGAUUUUCUCAACUUCUCAGACGUGGACGAGGAGGAAGACGAGCCGCAGCAGGAGGACGGAGAUGAAAAGGAAGAACCGGAGGGAAGACAUGAAGAGGACCAAAAUAAAAUCCACGAGGAGAAAGUAGAGGACAAAGAGGAGGACGUGGAGAAUGUGUACCCCGAAGGAAGCGACGAAGAGGAGGCGGACGGCCUGGAGUUCCUCAUGGAGGCUCCAGAAGGAUUCAGGAACUCGGAUGAAGACCGUUUCUCAGAAUCACAGGAGUCGAGUGUUGCGGACGUGCAGGAUCUGGGCCAAGUUGAAAUUCCAGACGAUAAGGAUGAGCGAAGCGGCGAAAAUGGAGACGGACCUCAUGACGAGGAAACCUCACAAGAUCAGCACGAGAGUCCAUCCGCGGCCAGCUAGUCGGCCACCGCUGCUGCUGUCGUCGUUUUUCUUUUUUUUUUUUUUUGACUCCGUGGAGCCACAGCUGAUCCAUUUAUCCCGCUCUGACGUCCCGGUGCCAUGGCGCUCCCUCCCUCCCGCUCUGCAGAGUCGGAAGGCCUUGAGGAUGUUCCCGAACUUCAACGCUCAGACAAACGACCUCUGCCGUCAUGCGGUGGAGUUUGUGCUCGUGUUUCGCCUCGUUUAUUAGGAAAAAAAAAGAUGAACCCGUGGGCUCCCGCGCUCGCUGCUUCGUGCUUUCUGGGUCAGAGCGGGACCGCGCUUCAGUUUACACGUUCAUACACCUCUCCUGUCACGUGGCGGAUGCGGCAUCCAAAAAAAAUAA